AUAAACAGGAGAGAGAGAGAGAGAGAGAGAAAGAGAGAGAGAGAGAGAGAGACUAUCGGAACGCAGCGGUUUGUAUGUGUGUGUGUGUGUGCGUGUGCGUGAAUGCGUGUGUGUGUGUGUGUGCGUGUGUGUGUUUAGAUAGGUAGCUAGCUCCGGGAGGCACACGCGCUCGGCUCGGCGGUACGAACGACUAGCGGGGCGGACAUGGAGGGACACGGGAAAGACACCGGGAAGUGACCGAGCACCGCGGCGAAGAAGGAGGGGGGUGGGUGCACCGGAGAAGAGGGCAAGGACGGACGGAUAUACGGCGAGGGGACGAAGGAAGGACGCGAGGAAGGACGCAAGGAGGCGAGGAAAGUCCGACAAGGAGAUUUGAGGAGGGAGAACGCAGCGGGAUUCUAAAGGAGUGAGCCCCAGGCUGGAUGGGACCCACCAUGCCCCCCAGUAAGAAGGCUCAGAGCCCCAGCAGUGGAGCCAGCGCCUCGCAAGGCAUGAGUCCGCCGUACCGGCAAGGAGACGCGGCGACGGCGGCGUCGGAGGCGGAGGCGGCCGACCUGUCCCUGUCGUUGUCGGCCUCCUUCUCCAAAGCCGAGGACGAGGAGCUGACCAGUCUGUCCUGGCUCCACGAGAGCACCGACCUCCUCAACAGCUUCAGCCACUCCGGGCUGCGUAGCGUUUCCCCGCUGCUGGACCCCGACGGCCAGCACCCCCGCUCGCCUUCUUCCUCGUCGCCGUGCCCGGACGACCCCCUGUUGGGCGACGCGCACUCGGCGUACGACUUGGCGGCGGGGGCCAACCGGAAACCGCCGUACUCGUUCAGCUGCUUGAUCUUUAUGGCGAUCGAGGACGCGCCGAACAAGCGGCUGCCGGUAAAAGACAUCUACGGCUGGAUCCUGGAGCAUUUUCCCUACUUUGCCAGCGCCCCCACAGGAUGGAAGAACUCGGUGCGCCACAAUCUGUCACUGAACAAGUGCUUCAAGAAGGUGGACAAAGACCGCAGCCAGAGCAUAGGGAAAGGAUCUUUGUGGUCAAUAGACCCGGAGUACAGACACAACCUGAUCCAGGCGCUGAAGAAAACCCCGUACCAUCCCUACUCAACAGGCUUGGCGACACCUCCCACCUCUCCGCCCACCCUGUCUCAGACAUUUCACCACAGUCCUCCGUUGUGGGCGGGGAGCCCCCUCUUCAGGAAGAACGGCGGUGUCCUCCUACAAGUUCCUCGUGGCGUGAUUCAAAACGGCGCCCGCGUGAGGAGCCAGGCACUCUUCCCUGUGAUCCGACCCCUCCCCGUCAGCCCCGUGGGAAGCAGGACUUCUGCUAUAAGAUCCUCCCUAGGAGAUUAUCUCAACCGAGGCCAGGACAGCACUUCCUGCUACUCUCCUCCGCCCUGCCCUGAGGACCUCCAGGACGACCACACCUACAGCACCGCCAAAUCCCCGACCACCUCGGCCCCCUCGUCUCCCCUGGACGACGACGACAUCAUCGCCGUGGAAAUCCAAUCCGACGUCAAACCCGAGCCCCGGGAGAUCCCGCUGGACUCCCACGCCGCCGCCGCCUACCUUUCCCAGCAGCCCCUGCGCGGACAGAGACGCGGCUCGGGGACGGGCGCCGGGACGCCGGCGGGCAGCAGCUUUGUGUGGACCAAAGGCCGAGCGCGGGGAUUUAGCGACAUGCUGCCGCUGAAGAAGCGGCGCGCCAUGGCGACGGCGGUGGAGAAGCCGCCGGAGAGCGACGACGAGGAGAUGAAGGAGGCGGCCGGGUCGCUGCUCCACCUGGCCGGGGUCCGGGCCUGCCUCAACAACAUCACCAACCGCACCGCCAAGGGCCAGAAGGAGCAGAAAGAGACCCUGAGAAACUAAAAUGAUUCUUUACACACAAGUAGGUCCACAUGUUUAACUUCUCAUCUCCCUCCAAACACUGCAGGGCAUUAGGGGAAUCCUACUUCUUUGUGGCAAUAUCAAAAAUCUAUGUUUUCCUAACACCAAUGGGUACUCCUCAUCCGUCUUUUUGUUUGUCCUUUGGAAAAGAAAAAAAAAAAACAAAGGGGAUGAAAGCCAUAGUAGUCGGCGACACGGACACAAGAUGGCUGUUUUGUCUUUCGCAUGAGUUUGAACUUGUAGCAAUGUGGCGGCGCUGCCAGCAGGGGGGCGGCAGAGACGCUCGCCGGCAUCCUUCCAUCCGAAAUCCACGAGCACAAACGUGAGACUGUGCCAAAGAGAAGUGACCAGGUUGCUUCAUGUAGCCAACACGACAGACAGCUGACAAAAAAAGAAGUAGAAAACCGUAAAAAAAAAGAUAGGGAAAGCUUGAUGAGAAUGACCUUAAAGUAGCAGUAGAGUGGAAAACAAGUUGCCUCUAUAUUGAAGUUGUUAUCAUAUAAAUCUGAUUCAAGACACCAAAAGACUUCCAAAGUUUGCGAAUAAAUAGGUGAUGAAAAUGCUCAAAAUAGUAUCAAUUUCACGGAGAUUCCCGAGCCGUUUUGAGUCAUCCCGUGACGUAGAGGAGGAACCACAGAUCCCUUCCCCAUCAACAACAAUGCUAAUCGAGCAGACUUUGCGAGAGCCAACAGUGAUUACUUUGGGAACAAUUAUGAUCCACAACCUUAUAUUUUUGAGCCCGAACACAAAGAGGACGAGCAAUAAGUUUUAGAAGCCGAGUGGAUGUAGCUUUAUUGUGACACUAUAGCAUUAGCAGCAUUGCUAGGUGCUAAAGAUUCAAACUAUAAUAAAACAAACACUGGAAUAUUUCCACUCUCGCUGGGAUGUUGACCGAUUCCGUUUAGAUGAAGACUCAAUCGUAAAAAAAAAAAAGUUGUCUCAACUAGCGUCUUUUUGUGUUUUUUUCGUCACCUCGGAGGACAUGAAAGUGGACAAGCCUGUCGGUCCACGGCCACAUUUGUCUACUACCAGGUGAGAGACGCAUGAAUUAUAAUCUAGAAUGUACUUUCGGCAAGUUUGAGACCGAGCAGAAGAGCCCGUGUGUCGACAAUAGCAGCGUAAGCUUGCGUUAGCUCACUGCUAUCAAUGCGCCGCUAAAAUAGUCCGUCUGCCUUAGCGCUUCUAAUAACAACAUCACUCAUAUUUGGGUCAUUUCGACAACACGACAUGUCUUUGGAAUAUUGCGCCACUAAAAUAGUCCGUCUGCGUUAGCGCUUCUAAUAACAAUAUCACUCAUAUUUGGUUCAUUUCGACAAUACGACAUGUCUUUGGAAUAUUGCGCCACUAAAAUAGUCCGUCUGCGUUAGCGCUUCUAAUAACAAUAUCACUCAUAUUUGGGUCAUUUCGACAAUACGACAUGUCUUUGGAAUAUUGUUGGCGCUUUCUGGAUGUUUUGUAUAAUGGCAAGGCAAGGCAACUUUAUUUAUAUAGCACGUUUACAACCAUUUUUUAAAUUGGACCAAAGUGCUUUACGGGUUAAAAAGCAUAGAGCAAAAAAACAAAACAAAAACAAACAAAGAACAUAAACAAUGCAUAAGCUAAACAAGAUAGUGCAAAAGCAAUACGGUGAAAAGAUAAAAAUAAUGAAACAAUAAAAGUGCGACAAAUUGGAAGAAAAAAAAAUUAAUGAGAGGACCCUCCACCUGUUGACUCAAUUAUUAGAUGCCGUAUAUAUCGGAGUAUAAGUCGCACCGGCCGAAAAUGCCUAAUAAAGAAGGAAAAAAACAUAUAUAAGUCACACUGGAGUAUAAGUCGCAUUUUUGGGGGAAAUGUAUUUGAUAAAACCCAACACCAAGAAUAGACAUUUAAAAGGCCAUUUAAAAUAAAUAAAGAAUAGUGAACAACAAAUAACUAUAACAUAUAGAACAUGCUAUACGUUUACCAAACAAUCUGUCACUCCUAAUCGCUAAAUCCCAUGAAAUCUUAUACGUCUAGUCUCUUACGUGAAUGAGCUAAAUAAUAUUAUUUGAUAUUUUACGGUAAUAUGUUAAUAAUUUCACACAUAAGUCGCACCCCCGGCCAAACUAGGAAAAAAACUGCGAGUUAUAGUCCGAAAAAUACGGUAUUGUUGGCGCUUUCUGGAUGUUUUUAGAGAGUAUAAUGGCAAGGCAAGGCAACUUUAUUUAUAUAGCACGUUUACAACAUUUUUUAAAAUUGGACCAAAGUGCUUUACAGGUUAAAAAGCAUAGAGCAAAAAAGAAACAAAGAACAUAAACAAUGCAUAAGCUAAACAAGAGAGUGCAAAAGCAAUACGGUGAAAGGGUUCGAAUAAAAAGUAAAAUUGCAAGAUAAAAAUAAUAAAAUAAUAAAAGUGCAACAAAUUGGAAAAAAAAUAAUAAUAAUGAGAGGACCCUCCACCUGUUGACUCAAUUAUUAGAUAUUUAUUUCCCAUUUAGAAGGCAUAAAAAAGUAUUUGUGAAAAAAAAAAACUAAUUAGAGGACCCUCCACCUGUUGACUCAAUUAUUAGAUAUGUAUCUACCAUUUAGAAUGCAUAAAAAAGCAUAUGUGGGAAAAAAAACUGAGAGGACCCUCCACCUGUUGUCUCAAUUAUUAUAUAUUUAUUUCCCAUUUAGAAUGCAUAAAAAAGCAUUUGUGAAAAGAAAAAAAAAACUAAUGAGAGGACCCUCCACCUGUUGUCUCAAUUAUUAGAUAUUUAUUUCCCAUUUAGAAUGCAUAAAAAAGCAUAUGUGAAAAAAAAACUAAUGAGAGGACCCUCCACCUGUUGACUCAAUUAUUAGAUAUUUAUUUACCAUUUAGAAUGCAUAAAAAAGCAUAUGUGAAAAAACAACUAAUGAGAGGACCCUCCACCUGUUGACUCAAUUAUUAGAUAUUUAUCUACCAUUUAGAAUGCAUAAAAAAGCAUAUGUGAAAAAAAAACUAAGGAGAGGACCCUCUACCUGUUGUCUCAAUUAUUAGAUAUUUAUUUCCCAUUUAGAAUGCAUAAAAAAGCAUAUGUGGAAAAAAAAACUAAUGAGAGGACCCUCUACCUGUUGUCUCAAUUAUUAGAUAUGUAUUUCCCAUUUAGUAUGCAUAAAAAAGCAUUUGUGAAAAAACAACUAAUGAGAGGACCCUCCACCUGUUGACUCAAUUAUUAGAUAUUUAUUUCCCAUUUAGAAUGCAUAAAAAAGCAUUUGUGAAAAAAACAACUAAUGAGAGGACCCUCCACCUGUUGACUCAAUUAUUAGAUAUUUAU